UCAGUACAUAUCAGCAGCAGAGACACAGAUAGAUGAUUUUGAUGUUACUCUCGUUGGACUGAGGCUCUAAUUGCACCAUGACAAGCUACACUGAUAAAGGGGAGAAGCAUGAAAGGGGGAAAUUUGUCAGGUUUCAUCAUGUCACUUUCUGGGUCGGCAAUGCCAAACAGGCGGCAUCCUUCUACUGUGACAAGAUGGGCUUUGAGCCUCUGGCCUACAAGGGCUUGGAGACUGGCAGCCGAGAGCGAGUCUCCCAUGUCAUCAAGCAAGAUAAGAUCAUAUUUGCAUUUGAAUCUCCUCUCAAUCCUGGAAAUGAAGAGAUGGGAGGUCACUUGAUGAAGCACGGAGAUGGAGCCAAAGACAUCGCCUUCCAAGUGGAGGAUUGUGACUACUUAAUUAAGACGGCCAAGCAGCGAGGAGCUGUCAUUGUGAAGGAUCCCUGGGUGGAGGAGGACAUCCACGGGAGGGUCAAGUUUGCUGUGGUGCAGACGUAUGGAGAUACGACACACACGUUUAUUGAGUACCUGGCACCCUACAAAGGUCUUUUCCUACCUGGCUACAAAGAACCCAUGUUUCGAGAUCCACUCUUAGCCAAACUCCCGCACGUAGGUUUGCGCUUCAUCGAUCACAUAGUUGGUAACCAGCCAGAUGAACAAAUGGUGCCAAUAUCUGACUGGUAUCAGAAGUGCUUGUUGUUCCAUCGGUUCUGGUCCAUAGAUGACAAGCAGAUCCACACGCAGUACAGUUCACUCAGGUCCAUCGUGGUCACCAAUUAUGAAGAAACCAUCAAGAUGCCCAUUAAUGAACCUGCAGUGGGGAAAAAGAAGUCACAAAUACAGGAAUAUGUGGAUUAUAAUGCUGGAGCGGGCGUUCAGCACAUUGCCCUCAAUACAUCAAAUAUCAUUCAAGCUAUUGUGAACCUGCGCGCCCGAGGGAUGGAGUUCCUCUCAGCACCUGACACCUACUACGAAAGCCUAAGGGAGAAACUCAAAGCUGCCAAGAUAAAAGUAAAGGAGGACCUCAACCGCUUGCAGGAACUGAGAAUCUUAGUUGACUUUGAUGACAAGGGUUAUCUCCUCCAAAUCUUCACCAAACCUGUGCAGGAUCGACCCACCCUAUUCUUAGAGGUCAUCCAGAGAAACAACCAUUUUGGAUUUGGAGCAGGAAAUUUCAAGUCCUUAUUUGAGGCGAUUGAAAAAGAUCAAGACGCCAGAGGCAACCUGACCGCGGUGACCCCCGACGGCCAGGUUCAGGCCUUCUACUGAUUCUGCCUAGCGACACAUCUGAGAGGCGAUUAAUAUCUUCCAUAAAGCCAAACAGGAAGUGCCGGCUGUCUCCGAGUGUUUGGUGUGACUAGAUGGCUAAGUAAAGAUAGUCAGCCAUUUUGACAUUAACAACACUUGGAGCACAUCAUGUGUCCUAUAUGUAAAAUAUAUUCCACAUAUAGGACUUGAGUAAAUUCAGCCAUGAAUAAAAAAAAAAAAGCUGCUGCAAUUUGAGCUUGUUCCCCAAAAUACUGGUUAGAAGAAGCCAAAGCAGGGGUGGCAAAAAUUAAAAAUCAACUUGUAUGACA